AUGUCUCCUCCGGGCUCACCCAGGUUGGUUGACUCCUACACAGUGCCAAAGGAUAUUUUGCAAGAGUUUCAUGACCUUGCUGAAGAAGAAGAUGUCGACCCUUUCGCUGAAACUGCCUCAAAGCGCCAGAUCGCUGCUCGACAGUCCGACUAUCACAACCGACGAUUUAAGCGCGUUGCUGUCGACAGUGCCGACGCAUUCAAAGAAGGAGGCGAAGGAAAGGAAGAUGAGGGUGGGUAUAAGGAGGCUAUGCGUUUGACUCGGUUGGAACAAGAGGAGCUGAGAGUGAAGAGAGCAAUCGAGGAGAAGCAAAGGAAGGCAAGAGAGGAGGAUCAGAUGAAAAUGGAUCUCGACAAAACCCCGCCUCGUGAAGAGAUAGAAGCUGCUGCCAAGGAACUUGCUGCUAUGAACAAAGACAAAGAGGCGGGAAGCAAGCGAAAGAGGCGAUGGGACGUAGAAGAGCCGGCGGACGAAAAUGUCGACCCCAACAAGAAGGAUUCUGGAGAGUGGUCGAAGGAAGCUCUCGAAGCCUCUGCGCCUAAGAAGCGACGCUCGCGCUGGGAUGCUACUCCUGCUGACACCGUCGGGGAGACACCAAAACGGUCUCGUUGGGAUCAAACACCCGCCCCAGCCCCAGAGGCGCCUAUGAUGCCCAUCAUCAUGAAUGCCCCAGGGAUAAUGCAAGAUGACAAACAUAACAGGUAUCUCACCGACGAAGAGCUCGAUGCCGUCCUGCCAGCAUCUGGUUAUGCAAUCGUUCCUCCUCCCCCGGGUUAUGCCCCAAUGGUUGCUCCUCGUAAAUUUAUGGCUACUCCUAUCACAGAAGUCGGUGGAUUCCAAAUCCAAGAAAGCUCCGAUGCUGCUGCUGCUGCUGCUGCUGCUGGUCUGGCCCCCGAGUUGCCUACAGAAAUUCCAGGAGUUGGAAACUUGGCUUUCUUCAAACCUGAAGAUGCUCAGUAUUUUGCGAAGAUCCUGAAAGAAGAAGAUGAAACCGAGUUAACAGUCGAUGAGAUGAAGGAGAGGAAGAUCAUGAGAUUGCUGUUGAAGAUCAAGAAUGGAACACCCCCAGUUCGUAAAACAGCUCUCCGUCAAAUUACAGACAAAGCUCGCGAAUUUGGUGCUGGGCCUCUUUUCGACAAAAUUCUUCCCCUCCUCAUGGAACGCACACUCGAGGACCAGGAGCGGCAUUUACUUGUUAAAGUCAUCGAUCGUGUCCUUUACAAACUGGAUGAUCUUGUCCGCCCCUAUGUGCAUAAAAUUCUUGUUGUUAUUGAACCCCUUCUCAUUGACGAAGAUUAUUAUGCUCGUGUUGAAGGUCGUGAAAUCAUUUCCAAUCUUUCCAAGGCUGCUGGUCUGGCACACAUGAUUUCAACAAUGCGACCCGAUAUUGAUCAUGCCGAUGAAUAUGUUCGUAACACGACUGCCCGCGCGUUCUCCGUUGUCGCCUCAGCACUUGGUAUACCCUCACUUCUUCCUUUCCUGAAAGCUGUUUGUCGCUCCAAGAAAUCGUGGCAAGCUAGGCACACCGGUAUUCGUAUCGUACAACAAAUUGCUAUUAUGAUGGGAUGCGCUGUACUCCCUCAUCUCCGCAACUUAGUUGACUGUAUUGCCCAUGGAUUGUCUGACGAACAGCAAAAAGUUAGGACCAUGACUGCAUUGGGUUUGGCUGCCCUUGCUGAAGCGGCUGCCCCAUAUGGCAUCGAAUCCUUCGAUAACGUUUUGAAACCUCUUUGGCUCGGUAUUCGUCUUCAUCGCGGAAAGGGCCUUGCCGCCUUCCUCAAAGCAAUUGGCUUUAUUAUUCCCCUUAUGGAUCCAGAAUACGCUUCCUAUUACACCAAAGAAGUUACGGUCAUCCUUAUCCGUGAAUUCCAAACGUCAGACGAAGAAAUGAAGAAAAUUGUUCUGAAAGUCGUCAAGCAGUGUGCAGCAACAGAGGGCGUUACACCUCAAUACAUUAAACAGGAUAUCCUUCCCGAUUUCUUCAAAUCCUUCUGGGUUCGACGAAUGGCCCUUGACCGGCGUAACUACAGGCAAGUUGUUGAAACCACUGUAGAGCUAGCCCAAAAGGCCGGUGUUUCCGAAAUCGUUGGGCGUAUCGUCAACGAACUGAAGGAUGAAGCUGAACCUUACCGUAAGAUGGUAAUGGAAACAAUCACUAAAGUCGUUGCAACCCUGGGUGCUUCUGAUAUCGACGAGAGGUUGGAAGUGCGAUUGGUCGAUGGUAUUAUCUAUUCUUUCCAAGAACAAACGACGGAGGAUCAGGUCAUGCUCGACGGUUUUGGUACCGUCGUGAAUGCCCUCGGCAUUCGUGUCAAACCAUAUCUCACACAGAUCGUCUCCACCAUUUUGUGGCGCCUUAACAACAAGAGCGCUAAGGUUCGACAACAAGCUGCUGAUCUGACCACCAGGCUUGCCGUCGUCAUCAAACAGUGUGGUGAAGACCAAUUGCUUAGCAAACUAGGCUUGGUAUUGUUUGAACAACUUGGAGAGGAAUAUCCUGAUACAUUGGGUAGUAUCAUUGCCGCUGAGGGUGCUAUUGCAAACGUUGUCGGUAUGACACAGAUGAACCCUCCAGUCAAAGAUCUGCUACCUCGAAUGACUCCAAUUUUGCGAAACAGACAUGAAAAGGUCCAGGAAGCAUCAAUCAACUUGAUUGGUCGUAUUGCCGAUCGAGGCGCCGAGUUUGUGCCUGCAAGGGAGUGGAUGCGUAUCUGUUUCGAACUGCUCGAUCUUCUGAAAGCCCACAAAAAAGGAAUUAGACGUGCGGCCGUCAACUCCUUCGGUUAUAUCGCUAAGAGCUUGGGUCCUCAAGACGUUCUUUCCGUUCUUUUGACCAAUCUGCGAGUCCAAGAGCGUCAGAGUCGCGUAUGCAGUACUGUUGCUAUUGCUAUCGUGGCAGAAACUUGCGGACCCUUCACAUGUAUUCCCGCCAUCCUGAAUGAGUACCGCACGGCCGAAUUGAACGUUCGAACGGGCUGUUUGAAAGCGCUCUCUUUUGUCUUCGAAUACGUUGGGCCACAGUCAGCAUAUUAUUGUGACUCGGUUGUUACAAUGCUUGAGGAUGCACUUACCGACCGCGAUCUUGUCCAUCGUCAAACUGCCAGUACAAUCGUUAAACAUCUAGCCCUCGGUGUAGCUGGAUUAGGUUGUGAAGAUUCAAUGCUGCAUCUCAUGAACCUUGUUUGGCCAAAUUGUUUCGAGACAUCGCCCCACGUCAUUGGCGCCGUCAUGGAGGCUAUUGAAGCCAUGCGCGUCACUUUGGGUCCUGGGGUGCUGCUGAGUUAUGUGCUACAAGGUCUGUUCCAUCCUGCCAGAAAGGUUCGCGAAGUGUAUUGGCGCAUUUACAAUGCCCUCUACUUGGGCGCGGAGGAUGCGAUGGUGCCGUUCUACCCUGACCUUGGUGAACUUACCGAAGGACAGAACGUUUAUGAUAGACAUCCUUUACAAGUUUUUAUUUAG